AUUGCAAAACCCAUUCGUCAUCGUUGAGUUGGCUGCCAUAUUGUUUGGGGUUUGGGGAGUAUUUUGUUGGAAAAUCGCCGUGGAUUUUUACGACUUUCCUCACUCCUGCGGUCCAUGAUUAGAAAUGGCGAAGGCAGAACAAGUGCUGAAGCUUGAACCAGCCACAGAAUUACGCUUUCGAGGAUCUUUCACAACAGUCGUCACAGCAAACCUUAAACUCACGAACCCCACAGAAAGGAAAGUAUGUUUCAAAGUAAAAACAACCGCUCCAAAGCGAUACUGUGUUCGUCCAAACAGCGGAUUUGUUGAACCUCACGGGGUUGUUGAAGUUGCGGUGAUGUUGCAGCCAUUUGAGUAUGAUCCAAAGGAGAAAAGCAAACACAAGUUUAUGGUUCAGACAAUGUUUGCCCCAGAAGGAGAAGUUGAUCAUGAAACACUGUGGAAAGAGGCUGACCAGAGUGCAUUCAUGGACUCCAAGUUGAAAUGUGUCUUUGACUAUGUGGAGGAGGGUGAAGCUAAACAUGUGGAGAAUGUGGGCACUAAUGAAAGUGAGAAUUUGAGCAAAGAACAGCCUCCUGUGGCUAAGACGUCCAAGACAGAAACUCUAGCAGUAGAGAGUACUGUGAUUGCACCUACUCAAAAUAGCUCUUAUGCUGAUCCAGGAGUGGAAGUUCCAACAUCAACAAAAUCAUUGCUGGAUUCUGAUGAAAGAAGAGUCAUGAAUGAGGAAAUAGAAAAACUGAAAACUGAAAAGACUAUUUUAAUGGCUGAGACAGUCCGGCUCAGGAAAAAUGUUGAUCAGCUGUCUUCCCCAGCAACGCAGGCGUCUUCAUCCAGUGUGUCCGUAGUCCCCACAGAAAACAGCAGUGUGAAUUUGCCACCAAUGACGAUAGCUUAUCUAAUCUUAGCUUUGAUAUUUGGAGUUGUCAUUGGUAAAUUUAUCGUCUAAAGGACAGUGACUCUUACGAGUUGUUUUAAACGGCCAGUUUUAGACCCUAAUCAACAGACCUGGAAAAGGAGUUUUCACCAUCGUAAAAACAAACACAGACUACAUGUGUUAGAAAUGCAGUUGACAUUGUGACUCAUCAAAAUUUGCGUUCAAAGUUACUUAGUAAAUUAAUUGGUGCUGAACACAAUAUUCUUCUGAUGAAGAAAUACAUUUUUUUCUUUUUCCAAUAUUAUUAUUCAUCAUCUUCGAUCGCUCAUGUACUCUUAUACAGCUGAUUUUAAAAACAGAAAUUAGUCGACCUCGAAUGAAAAGGGCCAAUUUGACGGCAUUGGUUUGUCGAGCAAGGAUAGUUGGUGUAGCCAAAAAUAAAUUUACCUUACAACUGAUGGGUCACAUCAAAAUGUAUUUUAUUUUAUUUUAUUUUAUUCUUGAGAUUGGAGCAUAAGUGACAUGAAAUUGUUACAGUGUAUCCGAGGCGAAUUUGGUUGAAGCCAGGAUAUUGUCCGCCGAUAAAGGGGCGGCUCUUUGUCCUAUUUUGUUUGCUUGCCAGCAUGUGAUAGCUUUGCUUGUCAGUAGUUUGGUAUAACAUCAGAAAUUCGUAUCUUGUCUGUCAGGCGGUAGACUGUAGAGAGGUUUCUACAUGUCUUGCAGAGGGAUUUUAACGUUAAUAAAUGUCUAAUGUUCUAAUGAUCAAA